AAAUAAUAAUGCAUACCCACACCAUGAUUUUAUGUGUCUGAUGGAGGGUAAAGGCAUCCUAUGAUAGUAACAGGCCUGCCAUUUCCUACCUCAAAGCACAGCCUUGAACCUCUUCAUUGACACUUUGAUUCCAACCUUUUGCCCUGGACCUGAAUCCUGAAACAUGAAUUACAAACCAUGGCAAUGGAGGAAAAGAUCCUCGGAGAAGACAAUAUUUGGAAUGGACAAAGCUGUCAGUCCUUCCAGAACAACCAAAGAAGAGGAACAUAAACUUCCAACUCAUGAAGAAGCUGGACUGGAAAAAUCCUCAAAGAGUCUUAAUGAGAAGUUGGCUUCAAUUCUCCUUGAUUGCCAUGAUGGAGACAACCCUCCAACAAAGCAUUCACAGAAGUCUCAAGAAGGAAUUCCCGGCAAGGAUAAUGAAAAACAAGUGGAGUCCUUUAAGAGGGAAGAAGAUGAAGAUUUACCUAAGGAAGUAUCAGAUGAAAAGGUAACUCAUACUGAUGAAACAAUGCAAGUCUCUUCUGGUGCUGUUCCAAACUUAUAUGAAGAUCGUGACAAGAUUCAGGAAGGACUGGAAGUUAAGCUGAGGGAAACUAGUAAAAGGCUAGAUGAUUUAACUACUGAGAACACUUGUCUAACUAGUGCCCUAUUAUCCAAAGACAGAUCUAUUGGGGAGCUUCUGAAAAGUAAACAUCAAGUGGAUGGAGAAUUCAGUACUAUAAUGACAAGAUUGGAUUCCAUGGAGAAGGAAAAUGCUUUCCUGAGAUAUGAGUUUCACAUGCUUGAGAAGGAAUUGGAGAUUAAAAAAGAGGAGAUGGAAUAUAGUCGUCGGUAUGCGGAUGCAUCGCAUAUACAAUAUCUGGAGAGUGAACAGAAAGCAUCCAAGUUAGACGUUGAGUGCCAGAGACUUCGGCUUUUGCUGCAGAAAAAGCUACCUAGUACUUCGGGGUUGGUGAGAAGAGAGACAGAUAUGACUAGAAGGAAGCCAAGUUCUGCAAUAGGAAACUAUGUUGAAGCAUCUGAAAUGAGUAUUGGCUUGAUGAUCAAACGCUUACAGGAUCUGGAUGAGGAAAACAAGGUUCUCAAAAGAAUUUUAACUGACAAAAUCACUGAACAAGAUUCUUCGAGGUUUAUGUAUGCUCAGAUAGCUUCCAGAUUAUCACAGGCGGAAAUUCUUCUGAGAAAGCACUUUGAGGAACAUAAGUCCAUGGAGGUCGCCAUGUGUCAUCCCACAUCAGAUGAACUUUCAUCACUAGCAAAGUCCAACACUGCUCGUCAUGACAGGGUUAGCCCUUCAGGAUCCUGGGAACAUGCUCUUAUUUCAGAACUGAAACAUUUAAGAACUGAAUAUGUUAGAGACCAAAAGGACGAUAAAGACGUUGAAGGUCCUGAUUCAAAUUUGCCAGACGAUCAUGUUGAGAUGGAGAAGCGGGCUAUAGUUUCUAUUGAUACACCUGAUGAAGGACAAUGCUCUGAUACAACUGGCAGGGAACUAGUGCCAGUUGAACAAGAUCUGCACUUCAGUGACGGCAAACCGGACACUCAAUUCAAAUAUGCAACGUUUGAAGAGUCUUUUGAUUGGCUUCAGAUUGUUUUAAAUGCAAUUUUGGAGCAGGAGCGAUUGUCAAAACGAAGUCUUGAUGAACUCUUUGAGGACUUAAAAAUUGCUUUGGGUAGGAUAAAGCACCCAACAGCCUGCAAAUCUAAGUCUGUUGAUGCUAAUAGUUUAAGUGGUGCUGCAGAAGGGGUAAACAAUCCACAUUUCAAUGCUAAUUUGAGCAAGUCAAUUCAUAGAAUUAUCAAGUUGAUUGAAAGAAUUGCUAUCAAGUCACAAAUCUAUAGCAGUUAUCCUGAUGAUAUCUUGGAGAAGAAUCAGCAUUCUAAGAGAUCUCAAUCGCCAUCAUCCAAAGAAUACUUUGUUCAUGUUUUUAAAUGGAAGAUUGUGGACUUGAAUCCUCUUCUGCAUCAAUUUGUUCAAACCUGUAAAGACUUGUUAACCGGAAGAGCUGAUUUUGAAAAAUUUGCUGGAGAAGUGGCGUUUGCUCUGGACUGGAGUAUAAAUAAUUGUAGCACUCCUACAGAUGCUUCAGUUGCCAGAGAAAAGAAAUCACAAAAUGAAGAGUCUCUUUGCUCCCGUUCUGUUUCAUAUGCUUCUCCAGAUGACCAAAGUAAUAAGUCCGAUCACAUAGAAGAAAACAAAAAAUUGAAUGAUGAGCAGAAAACUAAAGAAUCUGUAAAGAAAAACUUGGAAGCAAUGUUGCUGUCAGUCGCGAAGGAAAAUAGGGAUUUGACUCAACAACUUCAGGAUGCGAAAAGUAGCAUUGAAGUUUUACAGUCAGAACUGGAGGCAAUGAAAAAAUCCAAGGGAAUUGUUGAAGAACAGUUUGAAAAACAAAAGUUGAUGAAUGAAGAUCUUGAUAGACAGCUUACAAUAGCCCGUACUAAGUUAAAUGACAUCUUUCAAAAGUUCUCAUCCUUGGAAGUUGAAUUGGAAGGUAAAAAUAUCUCAUGCGAAGAAUUGGAGGCAACUUGUUUGGAGCUUCAACUACAACUGGAAAGUAUUGUAAAGAAGGAAUCUCCAACACCUGGCAGGGAUGAAAUGGAAAAGAUAUAUCGAACAGGAUGGGAGAUUACAACGGCAUCAUCAAAGCUAGCAGAUUGUCAAGGAACCAUUGUAAACCUGGGAAAACAACUACAGGCGCUUGCCUUAUCCAGUGAAGCUUCACUUUUUGAAAGAAUUAUGGCCAUUAAUCCAACCCAACAGAAGAAAUUGAUCAGGCGAUCAUCUCUACGCAGUCAAAUGCAAGCCGAGGAUGAAACUAAAGCAGGGAUCCUCAUGGCCCCUCAGAUGGAAGAAAACAAAACUAGCAAAGAUGUUAAGAAGUCACCUAUUUUUGAUCACUCAGGCAAUAGUAGUUUUCUGGGAGGUAUUAAUGUCAAGGUUGGGGAACCCAAAAAAGACCUUACUUCAGAGCAAGAUGACAGAAACGCUACUAAAGGUGCCAAGGCAAUUGUAAAGUCUAAAAAGCAGGGUGCGUUUGAUUUUCUGAGGAAACUGCUGCUAAGAAAGAUGAAAGUUACGAAGGGAAAAGGAAAUAGAACCUGACCCAAGAAUUGUCUUGGUAUUAUUAUGAUGAUUAUUGCAUGCUUUUACUGUCCUUGGGUGGCCUUUUUUUAUGAUUGGAGAUGGUUGAAGAUUUUAUUCUUGAAAUUUUUCAUUUUACGUUGUAAAUAUAUAUUUCUGGUGUACAAAAAUGUUGCUGAUUGUUUUGAUACAUUGAGCGAGUGUAAAUGGUGAAAAGCUGCGGAUAUAUGGAGGCGAGUUUUGUUA